AUGUGAUCCAUUACACACCCAAGGAGGUCCAAUCACGCGAGUUAGAGCUAAGAAGAUGUGUGAAGUUUUAAAUGGCCUUAUUGAGCAGAUCUGGGUUGAAAACAACAUACAACAAGCAAAUCAAAGCUUGGAUGAUUAUCAAGGCAUGGUAAACAUCAUUCAGGUUCAAGAGAAGCUUAGUGAUGAUUUGAGGACAAAUCCUUUUGAGGAGAAAGGGAAUGAUGGGAAUCAAGAUGACAGCAUAUCUACUACGUCAUGUGAUCCAUUACACACCCAAGGAGGUCCAGUCACGCUAGUUAGAGCUAAGAAGAUGUGUGAAGUUUUAAAUAGCCUUAUUGAGCAGAUCUGGGUUGAAAACAACAUACAACAAGCAAAUCGAAGCUUGGAUAAUUAUCAAGGCAUGGUAAACAUCAUUCAGGUUCAAGAGAAGCUUAGUUGAGGUUGGUUCUUUUAUUGCUUUUCUUGGUCGUUCCUUUGUGUCUUUUUGUUUCCUUUAACUCUUGCAGAUUUGUUGGAGUUAGAUUGCUGCAAAAUAACUUGAAUUGAGCUUG